AUGAGCAGCUAUUGGCACUCGAUUGCCUACUUUUCUCGCCUCCCAUUUCACGUCCAAUGGAGGACCGCGCUUGUACAGCUUCCGCGAUGGGUUCCGCUUUCCAUUUUGCACAUCACAUCGCCCAAGGGACCGCAUCCAUUCCUCAUGUCGCUACCGAGUAGGAAAGGUAACCUCAUCUACGUAUACGUUUUCGUGCCACCGAAACCUGUCGAUCUGGAAGAAAACGGCGACGAGGAGCGAAAGCGGACUGGAGAAUGGCAUACACCAGUGGUGCUAGAUGCGCAUGGAGGUGGAUUCAUCAUGGGCAGCCCCUUGGAGCAGGCGCCAUAUGCGUCGAUGAUGUCGCGCGAGCUUGGUGCUGUAGUCAUUAGCGUGUCGUACCGUAUUGGCCCAUUCCACCAGUUUCCCGCCGCGAUACACGAUAUGGAGGAUGUACUAUCAGCCAUACUGGACACAAGCGGAGUUUCCGAAGCAGGAAAGGUCUUGCGGGAAGAGAUACAGCGGUACUACUCGAUAGUUCGGUCUGAUGCGCUCGAGAAGGAGCAGAAGAAGAAGGAAACUGCAGCUCAACACUUCAAGGACGUCGAGACCAUCACCCUUGAUCCUACGCGUCUUGCCAUUUCUGGCUUCUCCGCAGGCGGAAACAUUGCGUUGAAUCUGGCUAUAUCUGUGCCGCCUUGUCCUGAGCUUGGCAGUAUGUCACCCACCAUGGGUCGUCGUUUGGGUUCGAUUGACCAUGCCCAGGCGGACAGUAUGUCGCCUACCAUGCCGCAGAACCGUAGAGCUACAAUUCUGGACGACCCUUUUGAAUCAUGGCCUAGUCUACUUCCUCCUCCUCAAGCGCAGCCGCGAAUGCUGCCAUUGUUGCUAUUUUACCCUUCCUUGGACGCGCGAUUGCUACCACAUGAGCGCCCAAUGAAACCCAUGCCCAAUGCCCUCAAUGAAGACGAUCAUCAUACCGAGAAACCGAGAACACCAGGCUUAUUCUCCAUCAUGGGACCUACAUAUCUACCGAAGAGAUUGCGAUCUCAUCCGCGAGCUAGCCCUGGUCUAAACGAUCCCAUCUAUAUCCAGAAAAACGCUGCCAUCUUUCUGGUUCUACCCGAAAAAGACACAUUGGCAGUUCAAAGCGAUGUCUGGGUGGACAGGAUGAACAACAACGACUGGAAUGGGCCUGUCCGUUUCGGCGACGGAAGAGAAGGUGACUGGGACGGCCACAGUGGCGGACAAGCUGGUUCAUCCAAGGAACCCAGUUCGCAAAACGGCGGUCUCGAGGUCUGGCACGCCCCAGGGUGCAGACACGGCUGGACACAAUUUCCAGAUAAAUUUGUACCGCAGCAUGAGAGGAGCGAGAGGGAGCUUGUCUUUGCGCGUACACUGGAUUUUGUAAGAGAGAAUUGGAAAAAGGAGUUGGAUAUUUCAAAGAGACAGAUGGGGAAUCAGAUACAGGAGCUGACGCCGUUGCAACUGCCUGAGUAA